CUGAGUCAGCAGUGACGAGUGGAAAUGGUUUCAUCUCAACGAGAUUGGUUGUCCACGCGGGAAACCAUCUCAAGGAUGACCAGCCUGACGACUGUUCCGUUGACGAGCUAACGAGUAUAGCUGAAUGUGCCACUCUCUAAGCUCCCACAAUGCAGUGCUGCGUCAGAAUCAAGAUGGCCGGCGUUCUGUGAAGAAAAAGGAAUGUUCUCACUGGGGUUCAGAAACGAUCUUUUCUCCUGUCUCUGAUGCUGAAUGCUUUCCACAAGUCAACUUGAAACGAAGCAAUGAGUGCUAGUGUUGUUUCACCAUCAACACCCAGUUCAACAGAUGGGGAUAUCGGAGCAUUUGGCGGCAUGGAUGAUGACAGAGGCGUAAUUUCGCCCAGGCCCAUGAGUACCGACAGCAGCACCGGUGACCUAGCAAUGCGUAGCGCCAGCUUGGACUGUUCCCCUGAUGACAGUGAAGAUGCAGAGGAGAAGGCUAGACUCACUUGCCAGGUGCUGGAACUGCAGAACACCCUGGACGAUUUGUCCACCAGAGUGGACAAGGUUAAAGAGGAGAAUUUGAAAUUGAAGUCAGAGAAUCAAGUCCUGGGCCAGUACAUCGAGAAUCUCAUGUCAGCAUCGAGUGUGUUCCAGUCGACAUCACCAAAGAGCAAGAAGAAAUCAGGAGGCAAGGGGAAGAAGGCCGAUAAGUGAGUCCUGCAGUACGUCCAUGUGUGUGUGUGAGUGUGCCCACCUUGUGAAGCUAACCCCCCUGCUACCUGCAGCAGAGGUUGCAAGGAUGGCGCAGCAUCUCGAGUAUUGAAGAACUUUUUUUGCAUCCAUCCUGCCAUCCAGAGGAUGCCGGCCUCGACGAAAGUUCUGCUUUGUGACCUGCACGCCCACACUGCAGAAAUUUUGUCCGGGGUUUUGUUUAAGAAAAACACAAAUCUUGAGUCCGUGGAUGUUAAGAGAUUAUCGCCAACUCACUGUUUUACUGAGGAACUUGUCAGUGCUGCAUGGAUCCUUGGUGCAUGUAAGAAAUAUGCAACAUUGCGUAGCUAUAUUUGGUCGUCUGUUUACCAUUUUCAAGUGUUGUACAAAUGCUCUUCAAAAGAAAAUCUUGCAGUUUGGCUGAGGGGAAAACGUGACCGUUUUGUGAUUGUACCUGUGAAGCGGCAUGAUUUGUAUAAAAAACUAAAAGACUGGUAGUCUUGGUGUGUGGUAGUCAUAUUUGCAAACAAAACAUAUCUAACAGAUAUACAUGAAUUACAAAAUUUUGUAAUCCAACGGGUUCAACAUGGGAGCAUUUCACAACAUUAGCAUUACCUUGGCUUGCAUCGAUGCAUAGUUAGUCUUUACACCAAAUUAGAUUUGGCUCUCUUUUCACAGUCCAUGGACUGUGCUUUGUAUCAUGCCUUGAUUUCCUUUGAUUCCAUGUCUCCGAGUCUGAUUUGUGCACGGACCUUGCAUAGUACUAUGCAAAGUAACCAUAUACAUACAUAUACCGUGCAUGCAGACAGCCUUAGGUUUUUUUCCCCUUUUCGAUAGUCUCUUCUUGGGCACUUUACUUGAAAAUCUACAUACAGUAUUCAAUAGAAUUGGUAUGAUUGGUCACGUAUUGCUGGUAAAGGAGUGUUGCAGUGUACAUAAGAUGCUUGAUAUCAUAGUUAAUGCUUCAAAUAUCAAAACAAGUGCAGCACCACAACUGUUAGUGAAAAAAGUGAGAAAAGUUACUUGGAAAAUGAACAAAUGUAUUCUGGCAAAUUUUGACUCCUGAUGGGAAAUAUCAUUUUAAGUGAAAAAGUUAAAUUCUGGUCACUGUCAUUUCAGCUUGAUUUUUAGUUAAGUGCCUUGCUAUGCACUGUAUUUGACCUGUACCGACCAAGCUUCUUGUACAUAAGUGUGUAGGACGUCGUACUUGCAGUCAGUACCUUACUAACCACUAAUCACUGAGUGCUUAUUACAAACAAGUUGUCCCAGAUUUCUGAUUAUGUGUGUGUGCUAAAAUCGUGGAUUGGGUUUAAGCGAAGAUGGUUAUUCCAUCUAGCAUGUGAAAUGAUGAUAAGUCCAAGAUGUUUUGUGGCCAUAGUGUCAGAUGUGGGAUGUCAGAAGUUUGAUGUGCCAUAGUCGCUUUAUACUUAAUCUAAGCUUUUUUAUGCUCAGUAUUAAAAAAAAUUCCAACUGGAUGUCUUAGAGGGCAUUUUUGAAAAGUUUCAAAGGGUAAACAGCACAGUAAAAGUGUGAUUCUUGGCGACAGUCGAAGGUCCAUCUUUUUGGUCAGAGAUAACAAAACAGAACAGGGAUUCCAUACUGGCAAAGCAGUCAUGAUGAGGAUGAAUUCAAAGGUUUUAUGAGUGGGCUUUCUCUGGGGAAAGUGGGAUGGCAAAUUGUUGAGAAUGGAAACAAUUGGAAGGCCUCACCCAAAGCCAUCCAGAUUCUUUAGAAUUGGUGGCGUAUUGUUUUCAUAUUGCAGGUUUGAGGAAGGUUGGUCAUAGCCACUUGAGCUUUAUAUUGCUUCGAUGCCUCCUCAAAGGUGAAAAGAAGUAGGAUGUGUGAUUGGUUUCUUUUGUAGUGGUGGAAAUUACAGGAUUCAGCAAGGCUACCAGCAAUAUGCCAUGGAGAUAGUUUAAGAGGUUUUGAGAAUUGAGCCUUGUAUCGACAUAUGGGCUUACAGCAUGAGUAAAUGAUUUCAUUUGCUCCGUUGAUCUUGCUUUGCUCGAGGAAAAAAGGAAAAAUAAGACCCGUGUGGUAUUUGAAUGAGUUUGGCAGGAGUCGUCAUAGAAAUCAACCUAAAACAACAGCAUCUUCACUCUGUAAGAAGCACUCCAGUAUUUACAUCCAGUUCGUGUCAGUCUUGAAGUUGGUGUCAAAACUGUGCAGUCUCAAUUUUCAAGUCAAUCUUCCUUAUUAUGACAACAAUAUGUACUGUAAUUAAUGUGAUUCUAAUAAUGUACGAGGACUGAGUGGAUGCACAUGUCAGUGACAUACUGAUCUGUACUUGCAUUGAUGCUUUAGUUUGCGUGAAACUUACAAGAAACAUCAAGUCCAAACCAAAUGAAAAUUUGUGAACUUGUGCUGUCAUUGUACUUCAACUAACUUCAGCAUUGUCUGUGAGCAUGAUGCCCUGUUCUGUUCAAAAGUCGCUGGAUUGCAAACGCAAUCUUUUGCAAGUAAUUCAACUCCAAAACAUUGAGUACACAGACAGAAACUAGACCUGCAAGAUGUUAUGUGAUUGAUAUUUGAAGUAAGUACAUGCAUGCAAAGAUAUGUGCUCAAGACUCUGUAGCAUGUGUGUAGGUAAAAGAUGAUCACAAACCACCGUGUUCAGUUUGCUGAGAUGAAAUUGUGGCUCAACUUUUCCAACAAUUCAACCAAACAAUUUCUAAUAGCAUUUUUGUGCAUUCACUCGUAUGAUAGGAAUUGUUUUUCUGCAAAUACAUUGGUUCAGAUUGUUGUUGUGUUUUCUCUCUGUCCUUUUCUCUGCUAAAACAUUUUUAUAGUUGCGAGUUUUAUUUUGCCGAUAACGAACCACGAGUUCAUCCUAAAUAUUUGUAUAUCUUAUGUGCAAUAAUUUAACUUCUAGCAGUAUUUUUCUCUGUAAAUUAUAGGCACAUGUAGGUAGUGUACAUUGUUCAGAGUAGUUCUAUUGUUUUUGGACAGGGUCAUUGUAAAGUGUACAAGCACGUUUGUAGAAAAAAAAUGUGGGUAUGUUGAUGCAAAUCUGUUGGAAUUCACACAUGGCCAUUUGCCCAAGCUUGAAUGCACCGCAGAGCAUUGUGGAGACACUGCAUAUGGUGGAUUUGUUUUCUGGUCAUGUAAAUUGUGUAAUCAUGUCACCGUUCUCUGAGAUGGCAAACUUUGAUCCCGAUGUGUCUUGAGAAGCAGCAGUGCUUGUAUCUCCGCCGCAUUAACAUUUUCUACUUGAUUUCAGAUCGAAGGUGACUUGGAGCAGAAUUUUUUUUUCAGGUUUCUCUGGCCUCAGGCAAGAACGUGACUUGCUGUAAUUAUCCUUCCCUUGAAUCCAUGAGGGAAAAACAAACAGAGGUAUUCAAAUUGUAUAUUGUCAUGUAACAUCAGGAAAUUGGGAAAUUACAUUCUGGUUUCUUGUAGAGGCACAUCAAAUCAAUUUGUUUUGAAAUAUGUAACAAAUCAGUGUGGUCCAUUUCUCAUGACAUGUACAGGUACUGUCACAUGAACGGACAUGUAUUAUGCACAGCUUCUGAAUCUUUUUGGAGUUCUUAUUCCUCAACGUAAGAUGUGUUUGCUUUGUGAAGCGUGAGCUUCCUCAGACAGCCAAGGACAUUACAAAGAAAAUAAUCAGACUCCCAAAUGCUCUCUGUGCUCGGUCACAACAGUUCACUUCGGCUUGCUUUCUUACAUGCUGCCCAGUAGGCCUGUGUACUGAAGAUAUCAUACUGUUUACAUGUGCGUUUUCAUAUGGGAGUCAGGAUGGGAGGACGGGAUUGACGGAUUUGAUUUGGAGCUCCAUAGGAAAGCGUACAUGUCACAAAGCUUGAUGUCAGUGCAUACGCCUAAUGAACUCUGAAAGGAAAGCAGGCCAGGGAGAUUAAUUAAAAUAGCACUGUACUCAAUACGGGCAUUUCACAAUAGUUCACCUCGAAAAGUUAGCGAUGUGUUGGCCAAUCACAAUGCGCGAAAUCUGUCGAUCCUUUCCAAACACGCGCUGGGUCGACAAUAUCUCGCACUGUGAGCAAACUCUUGGAGGCUCACUAUUGUGAAAUGCCCGUAUUGAAAGCUGAUUACCUUCAAAUUUGAUGACUAUCAUCGGCUUAUGUUACGUCACUGCCUGUGCCGCUUGCUGAAUAUGUGACUUGUCUUUAUAAAUGAGGCUUGUAACAGAGUAGACUGCCAAAAUUGCUGGUUUUGCAGGGUGACACCUAUCCACAACUAAAUAAAUCCGGCAUUUAUAAAUACAGUCGAACCUCGUUAAUAAGAGCACUGUUAAUACAAGAUUCUGCUUAUAACAAGGAAAUGUUUAGGUCCUAAUUUCCUGUUAUUGUUUUCACUCCUGAUAACACGAGGUUCCUGUUAUGACAAGGUAAUUUGCCAAGUCCGAAGGAUCUCUUGUUAACGGGGUUCGACUGUACAUGUAGUUCAGUAGUGCACGUUAAGGAUUAGUAAAUGAAUCGCAGCAAUCUUGAAAUUAUCACCUGUAUCACCUGCUGCUGAUUAUUAGUUGCCAUCAAAAUGAUUGAUCAAUGGAAUGAAGGCAUUUUUAAUGUGACGAUUUAACGAUUUAAUUUCUUUUGUUUCAAAUUUAAUCUCUUUCUUUUGCCAAAGAGACUUGUAGUUGACAGGAGCUUGAAAUCAUUUUAACACGGCUGCAAGUUGAGUUUUAAGUUUUUUUUUUGGCAACACCAACUUGUCAUGUACAUCCGCAAUUUCCAUGUCUUUGAACAGCAUAUUCUCCCUCAUAAGGCUGGAAAGUGUUUCGUGCAUUACACCCAAGGACAGAUAUAAUCAAUAUCAUCAAACCAAGGGUUUUGGUUUUUCUUCUGGCAGUAUGUAGAAAGGUUUGUCAUCUGCACACUUGGAUUAUUUCCGAGUCAUAGCCUGCAUGUGAUGGUGGUUUAUUUUGGGACCCACUGAGCAGAUGACCUGUGAUAUUUUAAAUAGCUUUCAUUGCUUCUGAAUGUUGAUUUGGUCGUGUGUGAUGUAGAGACAAUAUCUUGGCUGUAGUGGGAACUAUGCUAUAAUUUUCUAUCGUGGCCGUUUGGUUUCCACAGGUGAGGUUCAGGUCUUGGUCACUGAUUCACGUUUCACUGGUUUACUGUCGCACCAAUUUGCUUCAACAGUGUUGAUAUGGGAGAAAAACUGAGGCAAAGUAAGUCUAUAGAGAACCCCAGGGUGUAUGCACAUUGUGUACAGGAUCCAAUGAGGUCAGUUUUUAUGAUCUGCAGAUUGGUGGAACCCCAAAAUGUUACAAUUUCAGCAUUGCCAAGUUUUGAAUCGGAGGGGGAAAAAGGUGGCUUUUACAGCAUUCUUACACAUGUAAUACUGGUAGUGUUUACAUGCAUGACUUUACAAACUGACAAGACUUGGAAGCAACUCUGUGGAAUUUGGAGAGACACACUGGUCGGGUGGACUCGUAUCUGAAAAUGCUUGUAGCAAAGACUACUCUUUUGAUUGCCUGAAGUGGUUUGGAAUAAAGCACUCAUUAUGACCAUCUGAACCACAUUUUUUUCUUUCUAAAUUUUCAAACUUCCUUUGAAUAUUAUACAAUGUAAUCAUCUUUUUGACCAAAUUUAAAUCCUCUAAAGUUUGAUUUGUUUCCUUGUUACUUCAAACUUUGAGAAGUGUAUUUAGUGUAGAUUUAAGUAUAUUGUGAUCGGAACACCUGUAAAAAAGACAUAGAUUCCUGAAUUUUAAGUAACCUGCUGUAUUUAUUGAUUUGUAAUCUUGCCAUUAUGCAAACAAUGAUGCUGAUGAAGAAAUCGUGGCUGUGAAAUAAACUGUGUAGCAGAGUAGUAGAAUCAAA